AAUUCUUGGAUCAGUGUAAAUUUAGUGAUUUUAAAAAAAAAGUCUGGAACUGGAAGUGAAAUUUUCAGCGCUUUGGACAUGUAGUUGUCUGAGUCAAAUGUUGUAUAAUAUGGAAAUAAAGCAUGUUCUGGUUUAUUCAAGAGGAUGAUUUUUGAUUUUUAUGCAGUGACUCCAUGAUGCAUGUUUGAACACCAAGCUUUAAAUAAUGCAGCGUAGGAAUCCAGGAGCAACAGCUGCACUUCUUCAGAAAGCUAACAGUCAGCUGAAAGGAGAAAAAAUUGAAAAACCUGAAGAUGAGCUGAAUGCCUACAUCAGUUCACUUACACAAAAAACCUCCAAACAGCAGAAGACUGUCAACUUCGAAGAUCUUGGUGACAGUAUUUCCAUAUCAAGUGACAUUGAAGAUAUUCCUGUCAAACCAACACCAGAAGUUGCCUCAGGUAGUAAGUUUCUGAAGAAGAAGCCGUCUGUAGGAGACCAGAAUGUUGAACCAGCCACAUCAGGGAAUAAAUUCUUAAAGAAACCACAGGUCUCUGCUGGUUCACCAUCACCUGCUGUUAAAUCUCAGGCUCAACAAAGAUAUGGCAGUCAGUCAGUGCAGAGUGCUGGCUCGAGCAGGCCAGGGAGCCAGCUUGGGACCAGUCGUCUGGCCCACAGUGCCCUAGACAAGGCUUCAGCUAUCACUGGCAAGAUUCAGCAGCGAGUGGCCACGCGCAAGACCUAUACAUUAGAGUCAGACAGUGAUGAAAGUUUUAGUGCAGUUAAACUCUCGAGGUCUGGUGGAGACCAGAUAUCUGAAUCUCAGAAUUCAAAGACGGACAGUGUAAAGAUAGGAAGAGACGGUGGUAAGUUCAUGAAGAAAACCACACCCAGUCCUGCUCCAGUCACAGAACCACCUAGAACAUCCACAGCACAACAAAACAGAGGAAAAUCUCCAGCAAAACAACCAGUGGCUAAUCAGUCCCAGAAAAAAGCCUCCCCAUUCCAGCUGAAAAGUUCCUUGAAGUAUUCUACAGAUGUUGUUCUUACAUCUGAGGAAGAAAGUUUAGCAGAAUUUGUUGGUGGUCUGCCUUCCUCCUCUGACAGUAUGGAUAUAAAACCAAAACAACAAUAUGGCAGACCUGCAGGCCGUCACACUCCUUCACCUCAACCUGGUAAACUUGGCAAGGGCAGGCGCAGUCCUUCACCACCACCUCCUAACAAAUCUUCUGGUAGACCUUCCUCAUCUAAGACUCAAGGCCGAUCAGUUUCCCCUCAGAACAAGCCACCAAUGCUACGUCGCACACCAUCUCCCAGUCCCCGCACACCUGAAAGAAUGUCCCCAGGCCUGAGGCGUAGAUCUCCAUCUCCUAAGCUAAUAAGGUCAUACUCAGAUGAUUCUAAUGUUGCAGAGUCUAUUAUUGAUGAGGUAGCUGAUGACUUUGGAUUCAACGACUCUAAUGGAGGUAGUGCUAAGGCAAGAAGAAAAGUUGUAAUAAUGGACCUGGAUGACCUUGGCCCUGCAGAUGAAGAUGAGAUGCCCUACAGACCAGAAACACCCAUCUCACGUAGUGACUCCCCCUCACCUGUCAGGUCUACUGCCAGAAAGACAAAAAAAGAAAAUAAGAAAGGAAGAGGGAAGAAAUCUUCUUUGAAAUCUACUUCUGAAACAUCACUCAAGGAGAAGAAGGAGCAUGGUUCACCAUUUAGAGCUUCGGCUGAUAGAGAAGCUUCUGUAUUUAAAGCAAGUAAAGAUAAGGAGAAAUCUCCUUUUAAGGCAAGUUCUAAUGUGAAUGAAUCUCCAUUUAAAGCUAGGAGCAACAGGACUGAAUCUCCGUUUAAAGCCAAAGACAAAGAAAAUAGGUCUCCAUUCAGGGCGGCAGAUACAGGAUCUCCAUUUAAAGCAAAGGGAGAAAGUUCUCCAUUUAGAGCUAGCAAUGAAGGUUCUUUGUUUAAAGCUUCUGAUAAAUCUAGCUCCCCAUUUAAUGCAAAAAGUUCAGACAGGUCGGAAAAAUCUGAAAAAAGCAGAAGCAGUUCUCCAUUCAAGUCAAAAGGGAAAACGUCGAAAAAGGCUCAGAAAAAGAAAGGUAGAGACAGAUCUAAAGAAAGAUCAAAAGAUAAAAAGAAUAAAGGUACUGAUUUGUUUAGUUCGUUUGGAUUACAGACUAUAGAUGAUUUAAUGGGACAUUCUAUUAAAGAGAGUGAGUAUGACAGUGUUAGAAGUGAAGUUGAAGAAGUACAAAGUGAAGUCUCAGAAGAAAUCAGAACAGAGAAACCUGGUGCAUACAGUUAUAGUCAGAGAUUUGAAGACACUGAAACAGAAAUUGCUACAGACUAUGAUACCACUAAACCUUCUGCAGCCAAUUAUACUGAAGACUUUGACAGUAUAUCCGAGAAGAUUGGUUACAGCAGUGACAAGGGAAGGUCAUCAGCUUCAGAAGUUAGGACAAAAUACAGUGGUGAUGAGACUGUGAGAAGUGAAACGGAAUUUACGGAGAGUUACACAGAGUCUGUUGUAUCAGAGUCUAAAUAUACUGAUGAUGAUGAAGAUAAAACAUACAGUGAUAGUUACUCUGAAUAUUCUGAGGAUUUUACAAAAAGUAUGGUACCAACCACCUCUAGAUCUGAUGUGACCCCGCAUCCACGGAGAGGCAUGGCUACAGCUGAGGUUCAGACAGCCAUGGAUGGGCUUCUCUAUUCUUGGGACCCUGCUGGCACAGGGGUAGCCUUUCCUGGAGUUCCACUGGGACUGCACUUCGUGGAUCCAACUCCUAUAGCUACACAUGUGGUAUCUGCAGAUUCUCUUGAAGCUAUGACAGCAUAUAGCCCAGCAAUGCUUGCCCUGCAUGAUAUGCUGAAGUCACAGAUGGAACUGACACAAGAAUUCCUCAGAACACAGAAGCAGAUGUACGAGGAUUUCACUAGAAAUAUUACACCUACCUUCAAAUACACAACACUUGAGGAUACAAAAAAGUAUAUAAAGAAGCACAGAAAGAAGAAACUAACAUUUAAGGAGGCGUUGCAGCUAGUUGACCUCGAGAUGGCAAGAAGAUAGCAUUACUAUUUAAAGAUAUUAGUAUAACUACAUGUACAUUUACCUCUAACUUGGAUUCACUUGAUUUAUGGUGAAGUUUAAAAUUUUACCGGCAGACUUGAUUAUGAGAUUCUGCUGUUGUCUGUUACAGUGCCACCUCAAUGAACACCUGUGGGAAGGAUACAACAUAUCGGUAGAUCAAAUUCAAAUUUUUGCAGUAGUUCAGUAUACCAAAAGAAAACUGACAAAUAAAAUAGUUUAGGUACCAUGUACAUUAAUAGCCGGUCUACAGUGAAUACAGCUGAGAAAUGUACGGAGGAUGUUGCUCUGAAGAGGUUCAUUAAAUUCACUGAAAUUUAUCUUAUGGAAAACAAAAUGAUCUACCUUUGCAAAGAUGUGUUUGUGCUCCAGAGGUGUCAUUAAUGGAGGUAAUUUUGUAAUUUGCUAAAAUUGAAGGUGUAGAAAUUACCGGGUGUACUGUAUACAAGUUUGAUAAAACAAAAAAUUUUGAGAAAAAGAAUGUACAUUAAGAUUUUUUCAUUGCUUAAAUUUUACAUAGUCAAAAAAAAACUAUUUGAGUCGCGCCAUGAGAAAACCAACAUAGUGCAUUUGCAACCAGCAUGGAUCCAGACCAGCCUGUGCAUCCGUGCAGUCUGGUUCGCUAACGGUUUCUCCAAUUGCAAUAGGCUUUGAAAGCGAAUAGCGUGGAUCCUGACCAGACUGCGCAGAUACGCAGGCUGGUCUGGAUCCAUGCUGGUCGCAAAGCCGCUAUGUUGGUUUUAUCAUGGUGCGGCUCAUUUGACUUGUCAGUAACUUUUAAGUGUGUAGUGUGAUGAACAUUGAUAAUGUGUAAUAAUAGUUUUUACUGACUGUCAAAAGUUUCAUUCAUUUAUUAGUCCCCUACUGGUUAAAAACCAGUUUCGGGGACUAUAGGAAUGCACUUUUCCGUCAUUCCGUCCGUCCACAAUUUCGUGUCAGGUCCAUAACUCUGUCAUCCAUGAAGGGAUUUUAAUAUUACUUAGCACAAGUGUUCCCCAUGAUGAGACAACGUGUCAUGCGCAAAUCCCGGACCCCUAGCUCAAAGGUCAAGGUCACAAUUGGAGGUCAAAGGUCAACAGGGCUUUUUUCCUGUCCGGUCCACAACUCUCCCAUCCUUGAAGGGAUUUUAGUAUAACUUGGCACAAAUGUUCCCCAUGAUGAGAUGAUGUGUCAUGCGCAAAUCCCGGACCCCUAGCUCAAAGGUCAAGGUCACAAUUGGAGGUCAAAGGUCAACAAGGCUUUUUUCCUGUCCGGUCCAUAACUCUCCCAUCCAUGAAGAGAUUUUAAUAUUACUUGGCACAAAUGUUCCCCAUGAGGAGACGACGUGUCAUGCGCAAAACCUGGAGCCCUAGCUUAAAGGUCAAGGUCACAAUUGGAGGUCAAAGGUCAACAAGGCUUUUUUCCUGUCCGGUCCAUAACUCUCCCAUCUAUGAAGGGAUUUUUAUAUUACUUGGCAGAAAUGUACCUCAUAAUAAGACGAUGUGUCAUGCACAACUUUCAGACCCCUAGCUCAAAGGUCAAGGUCACACUAAGCAGUCAAAUGUUAACAUAGCAUGAACAGGGUCUGUUUCGUGUCGGUCCAUAACUCUGACAUUCAUUAAGGGAUUUUAAUAUCACUUAGCACAAGUGUUCCCCAUGAUGAGACGACGUGUCAUGCGCAAAUCCCGGACCCCUAGCUCAAAGGUCAAGGUCACAAUUGGGGGUCAAAGGUCAGCAGAGUUUUUUUCCUGUCCCGUCCAUAACUGUGCCAUCCAUGAAGGGAUUUUAAUAUUACUUGGCACAAAUGUUUCCCAUGAUGAGACGACGUGUCAUGCGCAACACCCAGUACCGUAGCUUAAAGGUCAAGGUCACACUUUGAGAUCAAAGGUCAAGAGGAUUUUUUUCCUGUCCGGUCUAUAACUUUGUCAUGCAAAGCAGGAUUUAGAUAUCAGUUGGCACAAAUAUUCCCCUGGAUGAGACAACAUGUCAUGCGCAAGAACCAGGUCCCUAGGUCUAAGGUCAAGGUCAUAUUUAGAGGUCAAAGGUCAAAUUCAAGAAUGACUUUGUACGGAACAUUUCUUCUUCAUGCAUGGAGGGACUUUGAUGUAACUUGGAACAAAUGUUCACCACCAUGAGGCACCCUUGUUUUUAGAAUUACGUCCCUUUGUUGUUACUAUAAAUAGAUUUUAUUGUAACUUUUUUAUUACUGGUGGUAGAGAAAAUCGAGACCACUUUUCUGUGGUACAGCAUGCAUGUUACAUCCAAUUUUUAGGUGUAUUUUGACCUAUCUCUGCCUGGUAAAGAGUUUCUUGUGGACUUAUAUUAUAUAGAUUUUUUUUUUUUUUUUUUUUUUUUUUUUUUUUUAAAAAGAUUGAUUUCCCUUUGUUGUUACUAUAAAUAACUUACAUGAUAACAUUUUUAUAAUCAGACAAAAAAAUUCAAUAUGAAAACAACUGUGGGUUUUUAUAUAUGCACAUUUUAAUCCAAGUGUGUUGUUAUAACAUAUUGUAUAUGCAGUACAAUAUUGUUUAUACAUCAUUGACAGAUAUCAGUUCAUUAUGUUAUACUGCAGUAGAGAAAAUUAGGUGCCUUCCAGUAGGGGACUUUGUAUUGCAUGGCAAUACUUCAUUCGCUUGUUUGAUAUGGCUUUGUUGAAAAAAAGGCAGAUCAGUAAAUAUAUUGCAGACUUGUAGUCACAGUAAUUUGACACAACGAAAGUGUUCUUUAAUAAAAUAAAAGUGUAUACACUAUUCCAGGUAACAACGAUUACAUGUUGAAGACUUUUUUGACUGAUAUAAGUGGAAAUGUUAUUGUACCCCCCGACAACAAAGUUGUAAGGGGGGGUAUACUGGUUUCAGGUUGUCUGUCUGUCUGUCCGUCCGUCUGUCCGUAGACACAAUCUUGUGCGCACCAUCUCUCCUCAUCCCCUUGACACAAUUUAAUGAAACUUCACACAAGUGAUCAGUAACAACAGUAGUUUGCAUGGGGCAUGUUAGGUUCUUUCAGGAAAAAAAAUUGCAGAGUUAUGGGACUUUGUUUUUUGUUACUAUACUAUAUACAUAGACACAAUCUAGUGUGCACCAUCUCUCCUCAUCCCCUUGACACAAUUUAAUGAAAAUUCACACAAGUGAUCAGUAACAAUAGUAGUUGUGCAUGGGGCAUGUUAGGUUCUUUCAGAAAAAAAAAACUGCAGAGUUACGGGACUUUGUUUUUUGUUACUUUACUAUAUACAUAGACACAAUCUUGUGUGCACCAUCUCUCCUCAUCCCCUUGACACAAUUUAAUGAAACUUCACACAAGUGAUCAGUAACAACAGUAGUUGUGCAUGGGGCAUGUUAGGUUCUUUCAGAAAAAAAAUUUGCAGAGUUACGGCACUUUGUUUUUUGUUACUUUACUGAAUACAUAGAAACAAUCUUGUGCGCACUGUCUCUCCUCAUCCCCUUGACACAAUUUAAUGAAACUUCACACAAGUGAUCAGUAACAACAGUAGUUGUGCAUGGGGCAUGUUAGGUUCUUUCAACAACAAAAAUUGCAGAGUUAUGGGACUUUGUUUCUUGUUAACAUACUAUGUACAUACAGUCUGCAUAUGCAAUCUUGUGCGCGCCUAAUCUUCCAAACCCUUGCACACAAUUUAAUGAAACUUCACACAGGAGAUCAGUACCAACCCUAGUUGUGCAUGGUGCAUGUUACGUUCUUUUAGAUAAAUAUUCUGCAUAGUUAUGGGACUUUGUUUUUUGUUACUAUACUGUAUACAUACAGUCUAUAUACAUACAGUCCACAUAAUUAUGCAAUCUUGUGUGCGUCAAAUUGCAAUGUACUGUGUCAGUGCAUGCGGGGGGUACAUUCAUCACCUUUAGUGAUAGCUCUAGUUGUAUACACAAUUUAGUUUAAGAAAUCAACAACAGACGCUAAAACAGAAACGUCAUUGCAGUACAUGCUGUUACAUGGCAUGAUAUGCAAAGGCCUUGUUGAUGUGCAUAUUCUACCAUAUUGCCUGUGUAUAAGCAGGUCAUGUCUGUGUAGUUAAUUCAGAAGUUUGUAGAUGACACAUUGUACUAGAUAUAGCAGAGAUAUAAGUGAAACAAUUGAUAUAUCUACGUUGAUUGUGCUCACAAAAUAUUUGUUUCAACUUAUUUUAUUGUUUACAUGUACUUUUAGAAUAAAAUUAAAACAAUUUGAAGUGUU